GCUACUCCUCUCCUUCUCAAUUCCAGUUUCUCACGGCGUCGCCACUUCCGUUUCCCUUUCACUUUCACACACCAACCCAAUCUGUACACAGACGCAUAACCCAGAAUCAGAACUCAGAAGAGAGAGAGAGAGAGAGAGUGAGGGGUCAUCCUCUUUACAGAACCAGAAAACCGGGAAGGAGAAAGAACUUCUGAAGCAUAGGGAGAGGGAGAGGGAGAGGGAGAGGGAGAGAGGGGUCAUCUUCUGCACAGAACUAGAAAACCCAGACGGAGAGAGAACUUCUGAAGUCCAGAGAGAGAGAGAGAGAGAGAGAGAGAGAGAGGUGAAAUGGAAGUGAAGCGCCGGACGGCGAAGACGCUGGUGUCGAAGCUAAGCUCCGUGUCGGAGCAGACCAGAACGGAAGCCCUCUGCGAGGUCCGCCUCAUCUCCAAACACGACCCCGAUAGCAGACCCUUAAUUGCCGAUGCCGGAGCCAUUCCUUACCUCUCCGAAAUCCUUUACUCUCCGUCCCCAAUUCUCCGCGAAAACGCCGCCGCCACCCUCCUCAAUCUCUCCAUCUCCAACCGCGAAACCCUUAUGUCUACGCGCGGCCUCCUCGACGCCCUUUCCCACGCGCUUCGCGACCCCUCCUCUCCACAUCUUGCCGUCCAAUCCGCCGCCGCCGCCAUCCACAGCCUCCUCGUCGUCGAUGAGUACCGACCCAUUAUCGGGUCCAAGCGCGACAUCUUGUAUGCCCUAAUUGACGUAAUAAAAAGCCCUAAAUCGCCCGCGAGAUCGAUUAAGGACGUCCUUAAGGCCCUCUUUGGGAUUGCGCUGUACCCUCUAAAUCGUGCCACGGUGAUCGAGUUAGGGGCGGUGCCGGCAUUGUUUUCGUUGGUGGUGAAGGAUGGGCGGUUAGGGUUGGUGGAGGACGCGACGGCCGUGAUUGCCCAAAUUGCCGGGUGCGAGGAGAGCGAAGGUGCGUUUCGUAGGGUUUCAGGCAUUGGGGUUUUGGUGGAUUUGUUGGACCCUGCCACUGGAUCGAGUGGUCGGACGAAGGAGAAUGCCGUCUCAGCCUUGCUCAAUUUGAUACGGUGCGGAGGGGAGAGAGUCGCUACCGAUGUGAAGGAGACGGGUUUUGAGAUGUUUGAUGGGAUUGCAGAUGUUGCAGAGAAUGGGAGCUCAAAGGGGAAGACCAAAGCUAUUUCUUUGUUGAAGAUACUUGAUGGAGUGGAGAAGCCACUUGCUGUAAAGGUUAAUAAGAAGUCGGGGGAAGGAGCAGUGUCUUGGACAGCUAAAGAUGCAAUAGAAUGAAAUGCUGUCUCCACUAAAUCCCUUCAAAUCUGGGCAGUUAACCCCACCAAAAUCUUUCAAGUCUUCCUCCCCAAAAGCAUGAACAGUUUUUUUAUCCAGUUAAAAGCAUGAACAGUUCUGUGCACUUUAUUUUCCUUCCUACCAGUUAAACUUAAACCCACCCCCACGUCUUGUUUACUACUUGGGGCACAAGAGAUGCACGUUUUUGUGGUUUUUGGUGGUUAUGGAC